AUGGCUAGCGUCCAAGGGAUGUCCUUCGCGGUUGGCGAUUUACCCCUCGGCGAGAACAAAGGAGGCGACAACGCCUUCUGUUGGCAGGACGCAGUGACGGACGACGUGGGAUCGGCAGAUUUCUUUGACCAGUUUGUGGUGCUGGACGACCAUGGCCCGAACCAUUCACCCUCUCCACCUUUUACGGGUGAAGAAGGAGGAGCAGAAGGAGGAGGCGACGGGAGAUUUGAGAACAUGUGCCGUGAAGCUCACGAAUCUUCCUUGUCGCCACCUCUCACCUCACUGAGCUGCCCUCCUUUUGAUCACCAUCGCUCUGCCGAGCAAUCGUUAGGCGUAGGGGACCACGGCCGAGCGAGUAGCGCUGCUAAUAAUUCGGCUUCUGGACGUCUCGCUCGCUUUUCUUCCGCCAAUUUCCCGCUGCAGCACCGUCAAGUCCGAGCAGGAUCGCACGUUGACCUCAGUAACAUGGAUUGUCAGUACAGUGAACAACACCAACUCCUUGUAGCCGGACAAAGAGAACUUUCUUCCAUCCUCGGCACCAGUUACCAGGAAGGACCGGGCUCCGGUGGUUCCAUCUCCGACUCGGAGCUGCGGAGACUCGAGGGUUUGACGGUGAACGGCAGUAGCUCACCACGCAUACAUCUUCCACCAUCGUCUGCAUCGGUCCCUCCUUCGCCACACCUUCAGCCUGGGUCAGCCUCGACCAGCCCGCGCAAGUCUCGGCUGGAGGCUUUUUACACAAAACUCAGACACAAGGCGGCUAAUCUACAUGGCAACAAGCAAAAACAGCAUCCUGCCACAACAGCAGUGCCAGCAGUAACUUCAUCAACACCCUCCACUAUGGGCACGUCACCAAACAAGAUGACGGCUCGUCCAAGGCCACACAACCUCAGUCUUGUAAGGCCGGAGAUGCCGCUGUCCCCACCGUUAACGGGACAGAUGGCUUCUGAGCAAAACAGUAACAACGACAGCAGCCAUGCGCACCUGUUCAACACGAACUUUAUAGACGAUCCGUUCAUGGACAUCUCCUCUAACCUGUCCCUACCGAUGCACACGCCAAUUCAGGCACCUCAUCAGCAACACCAGAGUAUCCCGGCCCCCGUCACCACCGCCGCUGAUAAUUCGUGGCAAUUCAGCGUUAGUGGACCACCACCGACUACGCCUGCUAACCCAUCAACUCUACACGCCGUCGGUGGUGUAUCGUCUUCAGCCUGCGAACUGCACCCCCUCUACAUCAGCACCCUCAAUGACAGCAACUGGUGGGACCAAGCCGUAGAAGAUGCCAUGGAUACCGAUCCUGACCCAUCGUCCUCCUUCCACAUGGAUACCAAUGCCUCCAACACCCGCGAGGCUACAUUGAACUUACAAAUGGCUCUCCAGCAGCUCCACGACCAGGGAGGCCUCGAUGACCAUCAUUUCGGACUAGACGCAGCAGGGCUCGUGCUUCACAUGCCACAGCCUACUUCGUCUCGGGUGUCUGGUGGCAAUUUACUGCAUCACAACCAACAGCAGCAACAACCAAACCAAUCUCAGGCGCAAGCUCAAGCAUACGCAGCCGCUCAGCUCAUGCUAGCACAACAGCAAUAUAUUUCCAACGGCGGUGGCAAUCCCGAGAGCCUACCUUCGCAGUCUUCCUCGUCAACCAGUACGACCACUGCCGGCGGCAGCGGCGGCGGCAGGUCUCGAAGACCUAAACCCCGCGCUCCCAGCUCGGGCGCUUCACGACUUCCCUCCUACCAGACCUCCCCACGCAAGGUUCGCGCCGUCAGCCGCUCAUCGCGGGAAUCGAGUCCUACCAGAGGCGGUCAACAGCCCAACUCGGGCAGCUUGGCAGUUGCAGGUGCAGAUUCGGCCAGCGGCAGCGGCCGUCAACGCCUCCAUCGUCGGAGUGCUUCGAUGCAAAACAUCAACCACCAUUCCACAACAACAACGAGUGCUGCUGGAGUAGGAUUGGGACUCAUGUCCCCUGCCGCGGUUCGCAAGCGCAAGUCCUUUACCGGUCGAGGACACGCUUCAUCAGCUUCCAUGUCCGGAUCGAGACUGUCGCACGCCGCGUCGCAUGGAGACCUGGGGGCUUCGGCGAGUGCGUUUGCUGCGGCUAUCGGCGCUAGUGGACACCGGGUUGUUCCCGAGGGUUCUGGUACCGGAAGCAGCCGCAGUAGGGGAUUGACCAGUUCGGCAUCUACCUCUUCGCUACCCAAUAGCUCUGGACGGUUCACACCACUGAACAUGAACAUGAACAUGAACAUGAACAUGAAUGGUGGCUUCCAUCCUCACCACAGGGGGGUUAUGGGAUACCCGCCAAUGCCACCUUUGCCUGCCCACCUCCAGGCCCACCACGGCCCAGGGGCAUCAUCGCUUUCUCCUCCUCAGCAUCACCACCACCACCCCUCUAAAUCUUUUUCUUUACACCCAUCUUCUUCUUCUCGACAUUCCCCCUCCAAAUCCAAACCUCGCUCCUCCUCCCACAGCAAAGUCUCACCCUCCUCCUCCUCCGCUACCGCCACCGCCGCCGCCGCCGCCGCCGCCAGAGGAGGAGGAGGAGGAAUAGGUUUCGUAAACUUCACUCCCCUGGACCACCACACUCUGAUGUCCGGCGUCGCUCCCUCGGGCUCUUCGAAAACCAAAGCACGGAGGGAAAGAGAGGCGGCGGAGCAGAGGAGAAAGUUAUCCGAGGCCAUGGUCAAGGUUGUUGAGGCUGCCGGGGGAGAUGUUAGGAAGCUGGGGGAGCUGGGGGAGUUGCAUGUUGGGGAGUUGCCGGUGGGGUUGGGGGAGUUUCAAGAAGUUGCUAAUGGGCAGGGCUCAGGAGGGGGGAGCUUUAGGGAGGCGAUGAGGUUUGGGAAUGGGAAUGGGAAUUAG